UGAAAUUAUUGUGCAAAGUGUGGCCACGCGCCGUUUGCGGUAACUUCUCGGGAACAGCGAGCACUUUGCUCGAGAGCGGCGGGAAACAAUGGCUGACUUUCUCGAGUAUUCUUCAAUCAGCUCGGAAAUCCGUGGCGCUAUGUGCUCCGGAAAGCUGAAAAUGACCGACACGGCCAUAGUGUUUAAAAGCGACAAAACUGGCAAGGUGGAACAGAUUAGCGCGGGCGAUAUCGAGCUACUCAACUAUCAGCGCUUCGUUGGUAGCUACGGUUUGCGAGUGUUCCUGAAGAAUGGUUCGCUACACCGAUUUGUCGGCUUCACCGGGGACGAGGCAAAGAUUGCGGACUUUGUGAAGAAAAACUACAAACUCGAUAUGCUCGAGAAGGAGCUGUCGAUGCGCGGUUGGAACUGGGGCACGGUCCAGUUCAAGGGGGCGGUGCUGAGUUUCGAUGUGGAAAACAAGACCAGUUUCGAGAUCCCACUGAAUAACGUAUCGCAGUGCAACGUGGGAAAGAAUGAGGUGACGGUCGAGUUCCACCGAAACGAUGAUGCACCGGUCAGCCUGAUGGAGAUGCGUUUUCACAUUCCCACGACCGAGUCGGCGGACAUCGAUCCGGUCGAAGCGUUCCAGGAGAACGUUAUGAAGCAGGCGUCGGUGAUCUCAGUGUCGGGCGAUGCGAUUGCGAUAUUCCGCGAGAUUCACUGCCUCACGCCCCGCGGCCGCUACGAUAUUAAGGUGUUCCAGACGUUCUUUCAGCUGCACGGCAAAACGUACGACUUCAAGAUACCGACCUCGUCCGUGCUGCGGCUGUUUCUGCUACCGCACAAGGAUAAUAGGCAGAUGUUUUUCGUCAUCUCGCUUGAUCCGCCGAUCAAGCAGGGCCAGACGCGAUACCACUUCCUGGUGACGCUGUUCCAGAUGGAUGAGGAAACCAACAUCGAGCUACCGUUUAGCGAGGAGGAGCUUAAGGAGAAGUACGAGGACAAGCUGACGAAGGAACUAUCGGGCCCGGUGUACGAGAUACUGGGAAAGAUCAUGAAGGUGAUCAUCAACCGCAAAUUAACCGGACCGGGAUCGUUCGUCGGCCAUGCCGGCACGCCGGCGAUCGGCUGUUCGUUCAAGGCGGCCGCCGGCUAUCUCUACCCGCUCGAGCGCGGCUUUAUCUAUGUUCACAAACCGCCGAUACACAUCCGGUUCGAGGAGAUCGCUUCGGUCAACUUUGCUCGCAGUGGUGGCUCUACGCGAAGCUUCGAUUUCGAGAUCGAACUUAAAACCGGAACCGUUCACACGUUCAACAGUAUUGAGAAGGAAGAAUAUUCGAAGCUCUUCGAUUUUAUCUCGUCCAAAAAGCUGCACGUGAAGCAUACGGGCGGAAAGGCAAGCUAUAAGGACGACUUUGCCGACUCGGACAACGACGGUGAGCCGGAUGCGUAUCUGGCGCGUGUGAAGGCGGAAGCAAAGGAGCGGGACGAAGAUGAUGACGAUGAUGGUAGCGACUCGGAAGAGUCGACCGACGAAGACUUCAACCCGAACCAGCAGGAAUCGGAUGUGGCGGAAGAGUUCGACAGCAACGUGGAGUCCUCGUCAUCGUCGGACGAGGAUGGCAGCGAUGGAGGAGGCAGCGAUGACAGUGGGGGCGAGAAGAAGCGCAAGGAUAAGAAGGAGAAGGAGAAGACGAAAAACAAGCCACCGGCCAAGAAGAGCAAGGAGAAGCGGGAAACGAAAGAGAGGAAAAAACCGAAAUCUAAAUCGAAAGACUCGGACGCACCGAAGCGUCCGGUUUCGGCGUUCAUGCUGUGGAUGAAUGCAACCCGUGACCAGAUCCGGAAAGACAAUCCUGGCCUAUCGAUCACCGAGAUCGCCAAGAAGGGCGGCGAGCUGUGGAAAGACCUGAAGGACAAGAAGGAGUGGGAAGCGAAGGCGGCCAAGGCGAAGCAAAAUUACACGGAGGCGAUGGCCGCCUACAAGGCUUCCGGUGGCGGUACGGAUAAUGGGAAGGCUGAAAAGCGCAAGAAGAGUGGAACUCCGCGCAAGGUCGAUACGAGCUCCCAAAUGACGGGUAGUGGCUUCAAAAGUAAGGAGUACAUCGACGAUACGUCGUCAAGCAGUACAGAUGAGGAUGCGAAGAAGGAUGCAAAAAAGGCGAAGAAACCAGCAAAUGAUAAGAAGAGCACGGGGAAAUCUAAAAAGUCGGAAUCUGAGACGUCGGAAGAGGAGGAAGAUGACGACGGAAGUGAAGACAGUGAUUAAAGCUGCUGUAGCUGCUCUAUUCGCCAGGCGCGGUUAAAUGUUGCCAGAUUCCAGAUCGUGAAGCGUCCUCUUUUAGAAGCACAUCAAUUCGG